GUCAAUAUACAUUUUUUCUACCAAAGAUAUCCAUUAGUAAUUAAAAAUAAGAGUAGCAUCAAUUAGAACUCAUACCAGGAAAUCCAAUGUUAAUUUUACAAAUAGCAGUAGCAACAUUAGUUGUAAUUCUUGGAUGGGCAUAUUUGGCAUUAAUUAAACCUCCCCCUCCAAAAAUUUGUGGCUCAUUAAAUGGUCCUCCUGUGACUUCACCAAGGAUUCAACUAAGAGAUGGGAGAUAUUUGGCCUACAAAGAGAGAGGUAUUGCCAAAGAGAAUGCUAAGUACAAAAUCAUUAUUGUUCAUGGCUUUGAUAGCUCCAAAGAUGAGAACUUACCUAUCUCCCAAGACCUGAUUGAGGAGCUCCAAAUAUAUCUUGUGUCAUAUGAUCGUGCUGGUUAUGGAGAGAGUGUUCCACAUUCAAAACGUUCAGUGAGGAGUGAAGCAUUGGAUAUUGAGGAGCUAGCCAAUAAGUUACAAUUAGGACCAAAGUUCUAUGUGGUUAGUUUGUCAAUGGGAGCCUACGCUGUUUGGGGUUGCCUAAAUUACAUUCCACACAGGUUGGCUGGAGUUGCUCUUGUUGGUCCGGCUGUGAACUAUUGGUGGAGUUGUUAUCCUUCUAAACUAUCAAAAGAAGCUUUGAAAAUGAUAAUUCCACAAGACAAGAGGACAUUUCAAAUUGCACAUUAUGUCCCAUGGCUAAUUAAUUGGUGGAUUAAUCAAAAAUGGUUCCAUACUUUAAGUUAUAUGGAAGGAAAUAUGUCGAUUUUCUGCAAUGCAGAUUUGGAAAUCGUGAAACAGUUAAAAGAAGCCCCGAAUCCUAGUCAGGAAAAGGUACGACAACAGGGCGAGUUUGAAUCGUUGUAUCGAGACCUAAUAGUAGGUUAUGGAAAAUGGGAAUUUGAUCCAACAGAAAUUUCUAAUCCAUUUCAAGAAAAUGAGGGUAAAGUCCAUAUAUGGCAAGGCUAUGAUGACAGAAUUAUUCCAAGAAAACUCAAUCAAUAUUUAGCAGAAAAGCUUCAUUGGAUUCAAUAUCAUGAGGUUCCUAAUGCUGGACAUUUCUUAAUUUACAAUGCCACUAUAUGUGAAACCAUCCUGAGGAAACUUGUGAAUGGAUGAAGAGGGAAUAAUAUGAAGAGGCGGAUCCAAGAUUUAUAGUUUAUGAGUUCUUACAGUAAUCUCAAAUUAAUAUACAAUAAUAAUUGUGUUUACUGUCUAAUGUGUAUAGAUAUUUAAUGAAUUUUUUAAUAUAUAUAUAUAAGGUAUAAGCAUGCUUUGGAUCUGCCCCUACUAAAUUUGGCAGCUUAUUUUUGUAUAGGUAGAUUAUUGUCUACAAGCAAGUUGAGAUGAACAACUUUAAAAAUAAGUGUAAUAUUCAUUAGCUUUUGUGAUAAUUCCAAGUAAAAAAUAAAAAGCUGUGACAUUUUCCUA